CAGUGUGAGUGAGUGAGUUAGUGAGUUAGUAAGUGUCAUUACUCAGAGCUUCCCUUUAAGGCUCUGUGAGCAGUCCAGGGUGUUGAUGGAGCUUUAAAUCGGUGGCGUGGUGGUUGUAGGACUCGGUGUUCAGCAGAAAGCCGAGUCUCUGUACCUGGACGUCUUUUCUUCGAGCCUCAGACAUGGCGAUUAUAACGUGUCGAGUUCAGUAUCUUGAGGACUCGGACCCGUUUGUGUGUACUAACUUCCCCGAGCCUCGGAGACCUCCUCAGUAUGACUUCAACGAGCUGGUGCCGCUAAAUUUGCAAAUCACCGGCGUCCAGAAACUGCUCCAAGCUCCUCUGAAGUUAGAAGAGUGUGCACUGCAGGUGGCUUCCAAUGGAAACUACCUGGAUAUAGAGUCUUCACUGGCAGAGCAAAAAGAUGAACUGGAGCAGUUCUACGAGGAUUUGGCUGUUGGCAAAAAACCCAUUUUGAUCCUGCGAACCCAGCUGUCAGUGCGGGUCCACUCCAUCCUGGAGAAGCUGUAUAACUCCCACGGGCCUGAACUGCGUCGCUCACUCUUCUCAUUAAAGCAACUGUUUCAGGAUGAUAAGGAUCUUGUCCCAGAGUUUGUGAAUUCUGAUGGCUUGACCUGCUUUAUAAAAGUGGGCGUAGAGGCGGACCACAACUACCAGAACUACAUUCUUCGAGCUUUGAGUCAAAUCAUGUUGUUCGUGGACGGGAUGAAUGGCGUUAUAAACCAUAACGAGACGGUGCAGUGGCUGUAUACGCUUUGUGGAAGCAUGUCUCGGCUGGUUGUAAAGACGGCUCUGAAGCUCCUCAUAGUGUUUGUUGAAUACACAGAGUCGAACAGCCCGCUAUUUAUUCAGGCUGUUAACACGGUGGAUAGCAAAAGAGGUAUAAAGGCCUGGUCAUACAUGGUGUCGAUUUUAGAGGAGAAGAAUGGAUCUGAUACAGAGCUCCUGGUCUUCACUAUGACUCUCAUUAACAAGACUUUAGCCGCUCUGCCCGACCAGGAUUCAUUCUAUGAUGUGACCGACUCGUUGGAGCAGCAAGGGAUGGAGCACAUCAUGGAGAAACACGUGAACAGCAAGCUCAUCGACCCUGACCUCAAACACCAGUUUACUAUAUACGAGAAUGCUUUGAAGCAUGAGGACGGAGAGAUAGACGAAUCGUCUACUCUUAUCCGUAAGGAGCGAAGGAAAGCCACGAACAGCGAGCAGGAGGGCAGGAGGAGCCGACGGUCCUCGGCACACAAUCUUCUGGAUGCGUCGGUCUCUUCCUCUCUUCCCGUUUCUGCGCCUUCCUCCCUCAGUCCCACUUCAGGUCCAAGCUCUAGCAACACCUCUCCAGUCCUCUCCAUCACGCCAUCCUCGCCCUUCCCAUCUACCCCCGUCAGCAGUCACCCAGUAAGAGUCUCCUUGAGUGAAUCUGAGCCCAGCUCACACAGCUCAACCCCGGUCAUGCCGUCUGUCGUAGUAAAUGAAACUCCAGCCAGCGAUGGCAGGGGACGCACUUUCAUUGGUCAGUACCUGGCUCAUAUGGGGAUUUCUAGGCGGAGGUUAAAAAAGGCGGGGUCCGUAACACAGGAGCCCUCCACUCCCCUGAAGAGCCUCAGCGUGUCUCCUGCAGUUUCUCCGCCUCAAGAGAACCAGACAGCAGAGAAAGAGCACAACCACACUGACGGAAGAGGACGGCUUAAUAUGGAGGAUAUUGUGAAUAAGGACCGGCCCGUACUCAGGAAAUAUGCAGACCAGUUUUUACGUCGUCUGGAGGCGAGGGAGUGGGAGAAAAGAAAUAGUAAAGAUGUGACAUCUCUGAUCAGCAGUGCGUCUUCUGAUCAAGACAAUUCUUCUCAGUUUACUGAAGAAGAACAGCCAACCCCAGAAGGGACGGAUCAGAAGAACGUUCAGGAACCCCAGACUCCAGUGGGAAACUCCAGUAGCAGCAACAGCAUUUCCCUGAGCACCCUGGAGCAGCCAGGAGAACCAAAAACAGCAGCCUAUAAUAAUGAACCAGCAGGGGGCAGUGUGCAUGAACACAGCACCCUUUCCAAUGACAGAAAGUUCAUGCUGGACAUGCUUUACUCAAAGUCUUCCACCGCCAGCAGCUCUGGGCCCCUGAAGAGCCCCAGUGUUGAGGACAGCAGUGUAGAAGAUCUUCCUAUCUCCAGCCUGGCUGGUCGUCUCUCCAGUCUGCGAUCUCGCUCCUCUCAGCAAAGUGAGGAUACCUCCAGACGGGCGGAGCUUGAGGGGCUUGAGGGUAGUGCCCAGGCUGCUCGCACAAGGCUGGCGGAGGAGCAGACGAAACGGUUGCGCCCGCAGUACAGCAUCGAUGCGGAGACCCACUCUCGGACACUCGAGAAGACGAUGAUGACUCCGCUGGCCAGGAACAGCAAGGAUGCAUGGGAACAUUUGCAACCCAGCUCCAAAGAACUACGCAUUAAAGACCUGGACUUUUCUGACCUGUUGGAAGAGGAGGAUAUCGAUGUCCUUGACGUGGAUGCUUUUGACACAGGCAUGACUAACGGUGUUCCUCCACCUCCUCCUCCACCUCCAGGAUUGGGAUCUCUCUCUCCACCACCUCCUCCACCUCCACCUCCCGGGUCUGGAGGACUGAUUCCCCCCCCUCCUCCUCCUCCCCCUCCCCCUCCAGUUCCUGGAGAUCUGGGUGGAUAUCCUCCACCACCACCACCUCCAGUUCCUGGAGAUCUGUGUGGACCUCCUCCUCCACCACCACCACCUCCAGUAAUGGCUUCUCUCUCACCACUUCUGAUGGCAGACACAGCUUUUGUCAAGAAACGGAAGACGGUCAAGCUGUUCUGGAAGGAGCUCAAACAGUCGGAGAGCCCGAGGAAAUGCAAGUUUGGACGGGGAACCGUCUGGGCGUCUCUGGAUAAGGUCUCGGUAGAUACCAAUAAGCUGGAACAUUUGUUUGAGUCUAAGGCAAAAGAUCUUCCUGUAGCAAAGAAAGGACCUGAAGUAAAGAAACUUGAAAUUCACGUUCUCGAUCCAAAGAGAAGCAACGCCAUUAACAUCGGCAUGACCGUCUUACCUGCUGUACAUGUCAUCAAAUCUGCUAUACUGAGCUUUGAUGAAUUUGCCAUCAACAAAGAGGGAAUUGAGAAAAUCCUCACCAUGAUUCCUACAGACGAGGAGAAACAGAGGAUCCAGGAGGCUCAGCUCGCCAAUCCUGACGUGCCUCUGGGUACAGCCGAGCAAUUUCUGCUCACUCUGUCCUCCAUCAGUGGCCUCACAGCACGCCUGCAGCUAUGGGCUUUUAAACUCAACUAUGAGAGCUUGGAGAAGGAGAUAGCCGAGCCCCUUUUCGACUUGAAGCACGGUAUGGAGCAACUCGCCAGGAACCAGACCUUCAAGCGUAUCCUAGCAACACUGUUGGCUAUUGGCAAUUUUCUCAACGGCUCCAGCGCAAAAGGAUUUGAGCUGAAUUAUCUCGAGAAAGUGACAGAGGUGAAGGAUACUGUACACCGACAAUCUCUGCUGCAUCACUGCUGUAACUUUGUGGUUGAGAAUUUCCCAGACACGACAGAUGUCUAUUCAGAGAUCUCGGCCAUCACCAGGGCUGCUAAAGUGGAUUUCGAGCAGCUCUCUGACAACCUGGUUCAGCUGGAGAGGAAAUGCAAGACAUCCUGGGACAACCUGAAGAUAAUAGCCAAGCACGAGACCAAACCCCAGCUGAAGAGCAAAAUGACGGAGUUCCUCAAAGACUGCACAGAGAGGAUCAUCAUUCUUAAAGUGGUGCACAGACGCAUCAUCAACAGGUUUCACUCGUUCCUCUUGUACCUGGGUCAGCCUUCCUACUCGGUCCGAGAAAUAAAGAUAACUUACUUCUGUAAGAUCAUUAGCGAGUUCUCUCUGGAGUACCGCACCACAAGAGAUCGGGUCCUCACCCAAAAACGCAAACGAGCAGCCCACCGGGAACGCACCAAGACCCGUGGCAAGCUCAUCACUGAGACGGAAAAAUUCUCUGGAGCCGUCCCAUCCAUUACCCAGGAGAGUCCUUCCCCGGUCGCUAUGGCAACAGAAGCCGAGCCAGCCCAAGAGGAACACGAGAACAUGAAGAACCUUCUAAUCGUCAAUGACGACCGGGGCAAACUGCGCAGAACGCGUGCUGUAAGAAGUUUUGGAGGUGUUGUCCCAUCGCCGAUGUCUACAGGCAAAGAGGACAGCGCAAGUUCACAGGACGAUGCUACGGACGAGAUCAUGGAUCGUCUGGUCAAGUCUGUAACUCAGAACCCUACAGAGAGGCAGUCUAGCCCUAAAACGAGGAAACGAUCACGGCUGAACAGGAAAUCACUGCGGAGGACGUUAAAGAGUGGUCUGAGCUUGGAGGUGGUGCAGGCACUGAGUCUCAGAUGAAAGAACCAGAAAUAUUUAAAGACUUAUCAAGAAUUGUCUGUGAAGAACUACAGGAUGCAAGAACUGAGAACCGGAGUGUGUGAGGACUCGUGCUUCUCGGACGCCUGCACAUCUUCCUGUAAUGGAAUAAUGAAUAGACACAUAAGACUCUUUACACGAAAGCACAAACUAAUUAUGCUGUCCACUUUUUAUAUAUAUAUAUUUGGUGAAUAAAGUAUUAAAUUGCCAGACAUUUUUAUUAAAAAAUAAUUUAUAUACAACUCAACGAUGAUGCACAUAUUAGAGUAUUUUGUACAGGUUCAAAAAAUUUUUUUUCUUUUAUAUAGUAUAUUUUCUAGUAGCACAUUCUAAGGGGUUAAAGUGUGACUGUAUAGACACUAGAUAGAAUGGAAUUUCAUUAAAAUUGCUCUUUUACAUGGAAAUUAGUUCUUGAGUCAGGAUUUUCGCUAUUUUUUCGCUAAAAAAUAAAAAAAUUGGUAUAUUGUUUAGCUGUUCCAGACUUUUAAAAAUAUUAACCACUUAUCUGGGUAAAUUCUUUAGAGCUACACUUUAUGAUUUUCACUCCCAAAGAUAUCAAUUUUAAUUUAAUAAAAUGUUGGUCAUGUUUUUCCUUUUUUUUUUUUUUUUUUUUAUCUACUAUCACGACACGACAGUUCUCUGAAUGCUACAAUACUUUGCAUUUUAGUUGUAGUUAUUAUAAAACCAUGUUGCAUGUUAAGUGUCACUGUUACACCAAAACAGGUUGGCGAAUUUUCACCAUGCUUUUUUUUUUUUUUCUUCUUAAACUUCCACUGUGACACCUGUUGAGUUCAUUAGUCAUGUUAUGCUUUUUGAAGGGCACUGUUUUCUUUUUUUUUUUUUUUUUUUGCUUGUUUUUUUUUUUUUUGCACAGGAAAUUAUAUGAAGAGUAUUUAGCUAAGUUGUCCUUCACGCUCACUUUAUUAUUAUGAUGCUGUGUGAGAUUUCAUAGUUUUCAUAAGUAAUGCAUGUUUGGUUCAUCUUGAAUGUAUUAAUGUAGGUGUGUGCGCCACUGUUAAGAGAUUGAGUCCUUACUCUUAACCACUUCAAGCACAUGCAUGCAAACUCCUUACUGCAAAUGCAAUAUAUAUUUUAUUUGAUGUGUGUGUAUGUAUGUAUGAACCUGAGAAAUUGACUCUGAAUGCAAAGAAAGUAAAGCAUCUUAACAGAGCUUUAAUCAAA